UCAGUAGUGGGAUUCAGUUCAGUGAAGUUGGUAGCGCGCGUCGCAACGCCCGCCGACACACCACUCGCGGGAAAAAUUACGAAAAGUAUGUCAGUGGAAAAAUAUUAACUUUAUAAGAUCGGUGCUUGCAUUGUUUGAGUGACAAAUAUGUAAUAAUAUUUUAGUGGAAAGACCAACGCGGACACAGUUUGGUGUCGAGUUUAUUAUUAUUGUUGUCGAGAUUAGAGGCGACCGCGCACCGAGGAACGUUAGAUUUGGCCAUUUGUUUAAUUAGCUCGAAUUUCAUCGUUAGCUGGAAAUUUAGGAUCGAAACUCGCAGCGAACUCGCCGCCUGACAUGGGCUCGACAGCGUUGGCGAGGUAGGAUGGUGGUCGAUGGUGGCACGGGCCACUGGGGUCAUGAACAGCUCGGCGCCUUUGGAGUGCGACACGGACGUGGACAUAUCCGCAUCCGACAAACUAUUCCGCUUCGUGGUACAUGGAGUGCUCCUCAAUGCGAUCGGUGCGGGUGGUCUUCUCGGCAACGGUCUCUCCGUGUUGGUACUCUCGAGACCUCAGAUGAGAUCCUCCAUCAACUGCCUGCUAGUGGGACUGGCGGCCUGCGACACCGUCCUCAUUUUCACAUCGAUAAUGCUCUUCGGCCUCACCGCGAUAUAUCCGUACACCGGCGCCAUGCGGUACUAUUACUACCACGUGUCCCCUCAUCUCACACCGUAUGCCUAUCCACUAGCGAACGUUGCUCAAACGAUGUCGGUGUAUCUGACUCUAAUUGUGACCAUAGAGCGGUGGGUAGCCGUCUGCCAUCCUUUUCGAGCGAAGGCACUCUGUACGUCUUCUCGAGCUCGCUGGUACGUAUUGGGAACGGCAACCUUCGCUUUCGCCUACAAUGCCCCAAAAUUUUUCGAGGCCGAGGUUAUAGCGGAAGGCAAUCCCGAGAGCGGCGAAGUUAUAUAUUGCGUGAGAGCAGACAUGAACUUCCGCACCGAUAGAUAUGUGGUGGUUUAUAUCCAUUGGAUGUAUUUAGUAGUCAUGUACAUAGUACCUUUUUCUGCCCUAGCGGCUUUAAACGCCUGUAUCGUCAAACAAGUACGCCGGGCCCAAGCGGAGCGAGCUCGUUUGUCUCGUGUUCAACGACGAGAGCUCGGGCUGGCCACAAUGCUGCUUGUGGUAGUGUUGGUGUUCUUUCUCUGUAACCUGUUACCGCUCGUUACGAAUGCUUUUGAAGUAUUUCUCGGAGACGCCUUCGAAAAUCUGGAUCCACUGGUGAAAACAAGCAACCUUUUAGUAACGAUAAAUAGUAGUGUCAACUUUGUGAUAUACGUUAUAUUCGGCGAGAAAUUUAAACGGGUGUUUCUAAAAAUAUUUUGCGCGGGAAGAAUACGCCCGCGGGGUUUGAGAGAUUCUCCGGAACACACGCGAGACGAUUCGUUUGCAUCGUGUGGAGAGCGGAUGUCGCUGCGUCUGGCACGGAACGGAACAUUACGGCGCUCAGAUCUCCGCAGCACGCGCACCGGUCCCGGUCGACAGCGUCGCGCAGCUUCACCAGCACCCACCGUCUACUACCCGGCACCGACACCCUCAACCGACAUCUCAAUCGCCUCAUCCGAAGCACCGCCAUCCGUUCUGAGAUGGAACGGAAAUUCCAGACACCACUUUUAAUUUACCUUCGCAGAUUAUACUUUUUGCUCACUCUGAACGCUUAAACGAGUCGACUACCUCUUUUAGAAAUAUAUAUUCCUGUGGGAUGACGAUACAUUGAUGCUCGCAGCAAAUCUCAACGUGUUUAUAAAAAGACAAUCUUAUAAAGAUUAUAUUAAACUAGGUCUUCUGAAUUAAACUUCGUAGACAUAAUAAUUGUUAAGUAUAAAUAAAAAAAUAUUCUAGUUAUAUCUAAAGCAGGACGUACUUAAAGUGAUGUACGAAGAGAUAAGCUUCAUUCAACCCGAACCUUUGUCCUAGGAAACAUGAUCUGUGCCGUGAUGUAUAAAAUGCAUGUAGCCAUAUUAUUAAGUAAAUAAAGAUAAUUUCAAAUAAUAA